AUGGCCACCGCCCAGCAGUUUUGCCUCCGUUGGAACAAUCACCGAUCCAAUCUUCUCACAGUAUUUGACGAGCUUCUUCAAAAUGAAGCAUUUACAGAUGUCACCCUGGCAUGCGAGGGUGGUUCUCCUAUUAAAUGCCACAGAAUGGUACUAGCGGCCUGUUCUCCAUAUUUUCAAAAUCUAUUCACCGACUUGCCUUGCAAACAUCCUGUAGUAGUACUCAAAGACGUUAAGCAUGUAGAAAUUAAAGCUAUUCUAGAAUAUAUGUACAGAGGAGAGGUAAAUGUAGCGCAAGAUCAACUAGCUGCUUUACUUAAAGUAGCUGAGGCUCUUAAAGUAAAAGGAUUAGUAGAGGAAAAUAGAUCCAAUAGAAGUCCCAAAGAGGAAGAAGCUAUGGAUCAUUCACCUUCAAUAUCGACUUCAAGUUCUGUAAUGCAAAAUAUUGUACACAGUAGCAGCAAUACUUCACCACCUCAUUCAACGAAUACUCUUUAUAAGAAUUCCUACAAUAUGUACAAUAACAAACCUCCCCAAGACUCUAGAUUAAACCUGCCAAUGUGGGCUAUGCCCGGUCUACCUCUUCCCUCCCACGCUUCUUCACAGAUUCCUUCUAAUAACCACCCUAGCACAGCAAUGCUCGGUGGUUGUUACGAUGUUGCCACGUCCGAUAUGUCGCCGUUAAAAAGAAAAAAAUUGUCCAGUUUGCUCAUGCAUAGAGAUACACCAAUCCUGAGGACUGUUUUGGGACAGGGUCAAGCCGAUUCCUCGCAACCAGUUAGUUUAGUUUGCCACCCCGAUAGCGCCGAACAAAGUAACGGAAAUGAAGAUAGACUGAAGCAUAUGAAAAACGAACCUUCAGAAGAUGCUCAAUCCCCUUAUACAGACUUCACUCCCAUGAACGACGACGAAGAAAAAUCUAAACUAGCAAUUCCCUCCUCGUCUCCUCAGUCGUUUUCUCGCGAAAUGCGUGCUGUUCCACCAGGUAUAGCCCCGUACGUACCUAAUCAGGUACCUGAGUAUAAGAGAUAUAAACAGUACACUAGAGACGAGAUCAUGGCAGCUAUUGAAGCUGUAAGGAACGGCAUGUCUGCCCUACAAGCUGCGAGAAAAUACCGUGUGCCUUCGAGAACGCUGUACGAUAAAGUCAAAAAGUUAGGAAUAACGACUAGUAGACCUUUCAAGCGAGGAUCUAAUGGAAGCUCAUCUUGUUUUUCUUAUGGAUCACCCUACAGUGGACAUCUUUCUGAAUCCGACGAAAACCCUAACAAUUCCUCUCUAUUAGAGGCAAGCAGUUUCCUGCAACACGCUUUAGAUGGGAGAGGAGGAGAUGAACGUGAAGCUUUAGCAGCAAUGGCCGCUGCAGCAGCUGCCCAUGCAAUAGCUUCAGGACAUUCGACAAGUCCAAGUAAUCUUGGACGAGCCAGAAGCCCAAGUCCUAGCCCCACAAUGAUCAAAUACAUGAGACAUGCAAGUUUGACUCCUUCUCCAGCCCCAGGCAGUGACCACCACCAUUCCCACAGCGAGACAAAUGGAAGUUCUGAGAGAGAUCACGAAGAAGAAGAAGAUCAGGUCGAAGAUCUAUCGAUAAACAGAAAGGAGCAACACAGAGAAAGAGAAUCGACAAGGGUAAUAAUGCCUCCUAUGAAUCAAGUGUCUGCAAUAAUGAAAAAGGAGGAACUACUAAUAGACAGCCUCAAAGAAGAAGCACGGAGAGAAGUAACCUUAGACUGUGAAGGCGAAUAA